AUGACCACUACACUCACAAUGGUUCACUGUCCGAUCUGCGAAAAGUCAGUCCCGCAACUGAAGAUCAAUGAUCACAUCGACUCCGGCUGUCAGAAUUUCAUCGAACCAUCCUCGCCGGACUCCCAAAAGGCUGUCCCCAGCAUCUUCCAACCACCCUCCGCACGCAAAUCUUCCCAGUCAACCAAGGAACCACAGGUCACACCGCGACCUUUGAAGGGCAAGAGGUCUUUUGUUCACGAUGAUGAGCCACAAGCAGCUUCGAAGCCCACAAACGGCGAUGUAAAAGAACCACAGGCAAAGCGUCCCAAGGUGAAUGCAUUCCAAAAGGCAGCACCUCUGGCGGAACGCAUGAGACCCAAGACCCUAGAAGAAGUCUGUGGCCAAGAACUGGUCGGACCGGAUGGGGUGCUUCGUGGACUCAUCGAACAAGAUAGGGUACCCAGUAUGAUUCUGUGGGGAAGUGCAGGCACCGGCAAAACGACGAUCGCCCGCGUGAUUGCCUCGCUCGUCGGCAGCAGAUUCGUGGAGAUCAACAGCACUAGCAGUGGCGUGGCGGAAUGUAAGAAGAUAUUCGCCGAAGCUCGCAGUGAACUGGGACUCACCGGAAGAAAAACCAUCAUCUUCUGCGAUGAGAUUCACCGCUUCUCAAAAUCACAGCAAGACGUGUUCCUGGGCCCGGUCGAAAGUGGCCAGGUCACACUCAUCGGUGCCACGACGGAGAAUCCUUCGUUCAAAGUCCAGAAUGCGUUGCUCUCGCGAUGCCGCACCUUCACCCUGUCGAAGCUCACCGAUGAGGAUGUCACUUCUAUUCUCCAACGUGCGCUGCGAGUAGAGGGCCCGAACUAUGAACCCUCGGGGCUCGUUGAUGAUGAGCUGGUGCAGUACCUGGCUCGAUUUGCCGAUGGUGAUGCCCGGACUUCACUGAAUUUACUCGAGUUAGCGAUGGAUCUGUCCAAGAGACCCGGCAUGGACAAGGAUGUUCUCAAAAAGUCACUGACCAAGACACUGGUCUAUGACCGUGCUGGAGACCAGCACUAUGAUACGAUCUCUGCCUUCCACAAGUCGAUUCGGGGGAGCGACCCAGAUGCGGCGCUCUACUACCUUGCUCGCAUGAUUCAGUCUGGCGAGGACCCGCUGUACAUAUCCCGGCGGCUCAUCGUCGUCGCUUCAGAGGACAUCGGGCUGGCUGACAACACGAUGCUCUCGCUUGCUAUCGCCACACAUUCCGCUGUGGAGAAGAUCGGGCUCCCGGAGGCACGAAUCAACCUUGCUCACGCGACCGUGGCCAUGGCGUUGUCGAAGAAGAGUACGCGGGCGUACCGUGGCUUGAACAACGUGAAUGCCGCUUUGAACGAGCCAGGUAUCGCAGGCCUCCCUGUUCCUGUGCACCUGAGAAACGCCCCGACCAAGCUCAUGAAGGAGCUUGGGUAUGGCGCCCAAUACAAAUACAAUCCGAACUACGUCGACGGGAAGGUGCAACAGGAUUACCUGCCAGAGCAACUGCUUGGUCGUACUUUCCUGGAGGAUUUGGAUUUGGGCACCCAAAGAGACCGCGACUUAAACAUCUCACGGCGGUGA